AUGUAUUCUUUAAUAGUCUUGAAUAAGGCGCAUGUUCAUGCAAAUUUAACCAAAAUCGAUGAACGAUUCACACCUUAUACACAAUUUCGAUUAGGUGCAUAUUUCAAUUAUCCUGAAUCAUAUAAAAGUCAAUGUGAACAACUUAAUACAGGUUCAACUGGUAGUCAUGAUCAUCUUGGUGGUUCACCGGAUAUUGCUAUUUUAACAUUGACUAAAAAAUUAUCCAUUUCUAAAGGAUGGAUAGAAAUUGCUUCAUUAAAUUAUAAUUUUUCAUUUAUUGAAAAUGAUGGACAACAACAGCAACAAGAAGAUAUGAAUAAUGAUUAUUUUAUCUUAGGUUAUGGUGAAGAUACUACACAAGGUGAAUCAAUUGGUCAAUUACGUUUUGGUUUAUUAAAAUUACAAGAAUGUCCAAAACAUAUUAAAAUACCUACGGAUGGAGCACUUUGUUCUAAUAUCAAUAGUAAUAAUCAAGGACCAGAUGUUGGUGAUAGUGGAGGUCCAAUUUUUGAUAAAAAUGGACAAGUUGUCGGUGUUACAUCUAUAGCUGGUAGUGGUUGGUAUGUGUUUUCUAGUGUUACUACACAUAAAGAAUUUAUUCAACAACAUUUACCUGCUGAGUAUAAAUUGGAUUCAAUUAAUGAUAAGAAAAUCAGUUCAAUGGAUUCUUCCACCAUUUCAAUGAAUUCUUCCACCAGUUCAAUGGAUUCUUCCACCAGUUCGAUGGAUUCUUCCACCAGUCCGAUAGAUUCGUCCACCAGUUCAAUGGAUUCUUCCACCAUUUCAAUGAAUUCUUCCACCAGUUCAAUGGAUUCUUCCACCAGUCUGAUGGGUUUGUCCACCAGUUCGAUGGAUUCUUCCACCAGUCCGAUAGAUUCGUCCACUAGUUCAACGGAUUCUUCCACCAUUUCAAUGAAUUCUUCCACCAGUUCAAUGGAUUCUUCCACCAGUCCGAUAGAUUCGUCCACCAGUUCGAUGGAUUCUUCCACCAGUUCCAUGAAUUCUUCCACGAGUUCGAUGAAUUCCUCCACCAUUUCAAUGAAUACUUCCACCAUUUCAAUGAAUCCUUCCAUCAGUUUAAUGAAUUCCUCCACCAUUUUAAUGAAUUCCUCCACGAGUUUAAUGAAUUCUUCCACGAGUUCGAUGAAUUCCUCCACCAUUUCAAUGAAUACUUCCACCAUUUCAAUGAAUCCUUCCAUCAGUUUAAUGAAUUCCUCCACCAUUUCAACGAAUUCUUCCACCAGUUCAACGAAUUCCUCCACCAUUUCAAUGAAUACUUCCACCAUUUCAAUGAAUCCUUCCACCAUUUCAACGAAUUCCUCCACCAUUUCAACGAAUUCUUCCACCAGUUCAACGAAUUCCUCCACCAGUUCAACGAAUUCCUCCACCAUUUCAACGAAUUCUUCCACCAUUUCAACUGAUAUUCCAUAA